CCUCCCGCCGCCGGUGCCGGGACCCGCCGCCCCGGUAUGAAGGUGCUCCGGCACAAGAUCGAGCUGCUGACAGGGCUGCUGCUGCAGGAGAUGACCAUGGCGGGGCUGCAUGAGCUGCGCUUCACCGAGGAGAAGCCGCUGCUGCGGGGCCAGGACGCCGAGCUGGAGAACUCGGAUGUCUUCCUCUCCACUGUGGACACAGACUGGCAGCGCUCGCAGGGGCUCAGCUCAUGCCUGGCUCCCGUCUUGGAACAUGACAUUGAGACCCCCUACGGGCUGCUGCACGUGGUCAUCCGGGGCUCGCCCAAGGGGAAUCGCCCGGCCAUCCUGACGUACCAUGAUGUGGGCCUCAACCACAAACUUUGCUUCAACACCUUCUUCAACUACGAGGACAUGCAGGAGAUCACGAAGCACUUUGUGGUGUGCCAUGUGGAUGCGCCAGGCCAGCAGGCAGGAGCCUCGCAGUUCCCUCAGGGGUACCAGUACCCAUCCAUGGACCAGUUGGCUGCCAUGUUACCCAGCGUGGUGCAGCAUUUCGGGUUCAAGUACGUGAUCGGGAUCGGUGUUGGGGCAGGAGCCUACGUGCUGGCCAAGUUUGCGCUCAUCUUCCCCGACCUGGUCGAAGGACUGGUCCUCAUGAACAUCGACCCCAACGGCAAAGGCUGGAUUGACUGGGCAGCCGCCAAGCUCUCUGGCCUCACCAGCACGCUGCCGGACACCGUUCUGUCCCACUUGUUCAGCCAGGAAGAGCUCGUGAACAACACGGAGCUGGUGCAGAGUUACCGGCAGCAGAUCGGCAGCGUGGUGAACCAGUUCAACCUCCAGCUCUUCCUCAACAUGUACAACAGCCGCAGGGACCUGGACAUCAACCGGCCUGGGACUGUGCCCAAUGCCAAGACGCUGCGCUGCCCUGUGAUGCUGGUGGUUGGAGACAACGCGCCUGCUGAAGAGGGGGUGGUGGAGUGUAACUCCAAGCUGGAUCCCACCAACACCACCUUCCUGAAGAUGGCUGACUCCGGUGGGCUGCCCCAGGUCACACAGCCCGGCAAGCUGACCGAAGCCUUCAAGUACUUCCUGCAAGGCAUGGGCUACAUCGCCCACCUGAAGGAUCGGAGGCUGAGUGGAGGCACAGUGCCAUCCGCCAGCAUGACCCGCCUGGCACGCUCCCGCACGGCCUCCCUCACCAGCGCCAGCUCGGUGGAAGGCUCCCGCCCACGUGCCUGCACCCACUCGGAGAGCACGGAGGCCAUGGGGCAGAUCAACCACACCAUGGAGGUAUCGUGCUGAGGUCCACACCCACCGCCGACAUCUCCAGAACCAUCUCCCAUCCGUCAGCAUCCCGCCAGCACCCACUGCCCUGUGGACAUCCUCCACCAGGGCCUUUGCUUCUUCGGGGUCGAUUUGUCUUCUUUGCCGUUGGCCUCAUCCCUGUGUCUGGUACCGGAGAAGGAGAGCGUCUUCGCUUCGCUGCCUUCCGGCUCCGGCUCCUGGCUUCACCCAGCAGUCACACAUGGUUCUGCAUCGGUCCUCACCCUCCCUAGCAUCGGCUUGGCCCUGGCUCGGGAGUGUGGGUGGCAGGGGAACGUGGCCAGAAUGGGGGAGCAAGGGCAGGGUGGUGAGAUGGGGACAGGAUGGUGGGAUGGGGCAGGACAGCAGGCUGUGGGCAGGACAGCAGGACGUGGAGAGGACACAGGAGGUAGGUUGCCCCCCAAGGUCAACUGACGGCUGGCCAAGCCAGCAGGAAGACAGGGACAGGGAGCGGUGCUCACUGGGAGGUCACUGGACCCUCCCUGGGGAUGCAGCUCCCAUUUCUCCCCGCCAGCCCUCCCUGGGGAGAGCUAGCACGGGAUCGCCCAGCACACCCAGGACCUGCUGCCCCAGAACUGGCUGAGCAUUGUGAGAAAUCGCACCCCAAACAGUCCCCUCACCCUGGUCAUGUACCCUGAGGGCUUCCCUGGGGCAGAGGGAGAGGGCUCAGCCCUGCUUCAAAAGCUGUCGGGGCAGGAGGGUGGCAUGGGAGUCCCCCUGCCUCUGCCCAUGCCCUCACCCGUGGUGGCACUUCCUUGGUCCCUUGUUGCAAGAAGGACGAUAACCACCUGCCACCAAAAAUGCACUGGCGGCGGCGGGAAGGGGCACUUGUGUGCCCAGGCUUGUUCCAUCCCUGCCGCACCGGCAAUUCCACUCCCAGCUCUUGGGCUGAGGCCGCCAGGGCGCAGAGGCCACCGGGCUGGGGAUGUGGCGUGGCAAAUCCCCCCUCCGGUUUCGCCACAGCCUGUGGGUGUCACCGCGGUGGAGUCAUUAGCAAUAAGAUGAGACACUGCCCCGCCGCCGCGCAAUGCUGCAGAGCCCUCAGCACCCUCUGCCCCGUGGAGUGCAUCACCGCAAGGUGCUGGCAGUGUGGAGUGACCCAUGGGAUGUGGGGAGCACCCCAGUGUCUGGCUUUGCCCACAGGGUGGCUUUGCCCAGGGAGCUGGCCAGACCCACCAUGGCCCCCCGGAUCCGCACCCCUCACCCCCAGCAUCUUGCCUGCGCACUGAGCGGGGCGUCUCUCAAGGGCUUGGCUCCCCCCGAGCCAUGGGGCCCCACCUGGCCACCGGCUCCGGGUGGAUCCAGCCCCUCGCGCUUGGUAUGGAGAGCCGUGUCAUCGCGUAACCCCACCGUCGGCCACCCAGCCUCUGCUGCCGCCCCUGGCCCACCCCGCAGGCAGCAGAGCCCAGUUCCUCCUGCACCCGGGGUAAGAGAGCCCCCGGCUAUGGCGAUGGGUGCUCAGGUCUUUGCGGGUGGUCCGUGGGGGACCCGAGCAGGAACUUGUAGGGGACCCACUGAGUGCCACCAUCUGGGUAAGCAGAGCCAGCCCGCUGGGAGCAGGUCCCACCCAGCCCCCCAAAAGCACUCCCCGCCCCCAGACCCCAUCCCCACUUCCCAGCGAGGGACACAGGGGUCCCGGGGCUCCCAGCGGGUGUACGAGGGCUUUUGGCCCUGAGACCCGUGCCCCGCCCAGCCCCUCCCAGAUUGAAUGGCCACCCCAAAACACCAGUGUCCCCAUUUGUCCCCCACUUUGUUCUGCCGUCUGCUUCCUUCUCCGUGUGACUCUGAAAGCUACGUAGCUCCUUUUUACUGUAGAUACCGCUGCGAUCUCUCCUUUUCUCAGCGUGUCCUUCCAGAUGAUAUAUAUAAAAAAUACCUAUACAUAAUAUAUAUGAGGGUUUGUCCGGUCCCGGACCUUUUUGGGUUCACUCCCCCUUGCAUUCUCGUCCAAGCGGUGCCACAUGGUUCCCCUGGAGGUGGUCCGGCCGUGCUCGCCUUCGGUUCCUCACCUUGGUUUUGUCGGUGAGUUUGGUUUUCCCUGGUGGUUUGUUCUUUUGAUUUUUGUUGGUUUUCCUUUUUCCCCGGUCACAGCGGAAUUUAACGCGUUUUCCUGUCUGAGCGCAACCUGGUUUUGUCACGGCGGCGUCAAGGCCGCAGCACUCAUGAGACGGCAAUAUGUAAACCGGAUUUAACUAACCUGUUGCUGUAGAGAGGAUUUACUGUGUUGGAAAAAACCAACAAACUAAUAAAGAUGUUAAGAACCUGC